ACCCCCGGGCCCGCCGUCAUGGCCGACCCCAAGUACGCCGACCUGCCCGGCAUCGCCCGCAACGAGCCGGACGUGUACGAGACCAGCGACCUGCCCGAGGACGACCAGGCCGAAUUCGACGCGUUUGCACAAGAGCUGGAGGAGCUGACGAGCACCAGUGUGGAGCACAUCAUCGUCAACCCCAACGCCGCCUAUGACAAGUUCAAGGACAAGCGUGUGGGCACCAAGGGGCUCGAUUUCUCCGACCGCAUUGGCCAAACCAAGCGCACAGGCUAUGAGUCGGGCGAGUACGAGAUUCUCGGGGAAGGCUUGGGCCUGAAGGAGACACCCCAGCAGAAGUAUCAGCGCCUGCUACACGAGGUCCAGGAGCUGAGCAGUGAGGUGGAAAAGAUCCAGAGCACUGUCAAGGAGUCAGCGGCCGAGGAGAAGCUGACGCCUGUGGCCCUGGCCAAGCAGGUGGGCGCCCUCAAGCAGCAGCUGGUCUCCAGCCACCUUGAGAAGCUGCUGGGCCCAGAGGCUGCCAUCAACCUCACCGACCCUGAUGGCGCACUGGCCAAGCGCCUGCUCAUUCAGCUGGAAGCCUCCAAGAGCGCCAAGGCAGCAGGAAAGAGCCCAGCCAAGGGAGCGCCUGCCCCUGGGAACCUGGUCACCUACGAGCUGCACUCGCGGCCCGAACAGGACAAGUUCACUCAGGCUGCCAAGGUGGCAGAGCUAGAGAAGCGGCUGAGCGAGCUGGAAGCCACCGUGCGCUGUGAGCCAGAUGCCCAGAACCCCCUGACCGUCGGGCUCCAAGGAGCUAGCCUGAUGGUGAGUGAUGGGGCGGGGGGGGAUGAACCUGGGGAAAGGCAGGAGGGCACUAAGAGCUUCCCCCUACUUACUCCCGUCCCCCCCCACCAGGUGCACCAGCUACAUGAAGUGGUGCAGCGCUGGGGGCCACUAGCCAGUACCCUGCCCCAGGUGGUACAGCGCCUGUGUGCCCUCAAGGACCUGCAUGAGCAAGCCAUGCAGUUUGGGCAGCUGCUGGCACACUUGGACACUACCCAGCAGCUCAUCACUGGCUCCCUCAAGGACAACAGUGCUCUGCUGGCCCAGGUGCAGAAGACCAUGAAGGAGAACCUGGUGGCUGUGGAGGACAACUUUGCUGGCAUUGAUGCCCGCAUCCAUCAGCUUGCCAAGUGACCCCCCCCCUGCCCCAUAGCCACCCCUGCUGCAUGGGACACUGCCCCAGCCCCUCUUUUCCUGGGAGGGAACAGACCCCUUCACCCCAUGUAUGUUGACAGCCAUUAAAACAACUGUGCUCACCAGCCCUGCACCUUCUUUGUUGUGGGGGGGACUGAGGACAGCAGCUGAGGAACACACAGGAUAGUUAAUGGGGGGUGGGGGAUGGGACAGGACCUGCCCCAGGGCCAGGAGAUGAGAGAUAAGUAGGCCAGGGCAAAGAGGCAGCAGGAGCCUGGAUCCCUCUAUAUCCAUGUGCACUUACACACAGGCACACCAUGUGCAUGCAUGCAUGUAUCUGGGCACAUGUAUACAUGUGUAAGACCACUCCCCCCACCCCACUGUGCAUGUAUACAGGGGCACACACAUACACACCUGCCAGCACAUACAUGUGUGGGCACACAUCAGAGGCUUUUAAAUACAUAUUUUAAUACUUGGUACAAAAACGCAAAACCCCGAUGACCCCCAGGGAGGGGCCGGGGCUGGGACCUCAGCGACGCCAAAAUAAGUCCAUCUGUUAAAUUAAAGCCGUGCCAGGCCUGGCCGCGGCUACCCCCAGCCCCGGCUACCCCCGGCCCCGGGAAGGGUUUUUA